CCAGCGCUAGAUCUUGGGACUCGUUCGACUCGCUAGAGCGCACUUUCCAGUCUAUGAACUCUGGGUAAUGUAAGGACACAGACGCUCUAGAUCUAGGCGUGUCAGUGGUAAUAAACUUUUCCGCAAACACUCUAGGAUUGUCGCUGCGACCUUUGAAUAGAGACUUAGAUCCAAAGAUGUACAGGGUAAUCUUGCUCGUUACAUUUGCAUGUUAUAUUCAGUAUGGUGCUUCUCAACAGACAGACACCAACUGUACAACAGCGGUGGAAACAUACAUGCGAAGCUUUAUGGAACUAGAAAUCAGCAAUGCUACAAAUGAUCAGAAAUGCCUAGAGCUCAAUGACACAUUUCAAUUUCUGAAAAAUCAAAGUUGUGUUACAGACGUAUACUUGAGACUUCUGUUUGUACAGGCCGGUGACAGACUUGCCAACUACUCGUGCAACGUAACAGCUAUAACCAAUGCAAUUUACCCUGCUCUAGCUCCAGAAGGUAAGAUUAGCUCACAUUUAUUGUUAUAACUUAAACGUUGGCAAUAUGUAUCACAGAGAUGUCAUAAUUUUUUAAAAUCCAGUCUAGAAAAUUAU